UUGACAUGUUGUGAAACUCUAAAUUUAUAACGUCAAAUUUCUCAAAACUAGUUACUGAACAGAAAAUACCCUGUAUAUCUGGGAUAGCGAUAUUUCAACAAGAACUGAGUCGUCCCCUUUAGAGCUAUCCAGAGACAGCUGUUGAACAAUAACAUUAUUGCCGUAGUUUCCCCAAAAUUUGGGCGGUCCACAAACAAACAAGCAAAAAAAAAUCUAGCAAACAGUCUUAAAAAAACAAAACAAAAACCUCGCCUUAAAAAAAAAAAAAUUCAUGUGACACGAAUUUGACUCCCCCUCCCUUUCAUACAGGUGUUUCUGCUGCUUAUGAUGUCUCCUACCAAUGGCUUGACGUCACUAAGACUUGUCAUCUGCUGGUCAUGCGUGCUUAUGACGUCAUCAUUCUGUGGGAUACAAGCCGAGAAAUCAUCAACCUACCGAUCUGCCUUUAUCACAGCUGACCUCCACCGCAACAGAUCGCCUAACAGUGGUGGCACAGACUUACAGGAAGUCGUACCCGGAGUGGAAACCUUCCAAGACAGCACUAGUUUCCCAGAAAACUCUCCCAUUGACACCCCACAGGUUCUUUCUUGGAGUGACCCUGACUUCUGUGAUCGUUUUGAAGUGAACGGCUGCAGCAUUCCCUUCGGCUUGCCCUUCGUCUACAAACAAACCUUCACGCCUUCCUGCAAUCGCCAUGACGUUUGCUACCAGUGUGGUAUAGCCUAUGACAUCCCCAGGAGCCUGUGCGACACGAGCUUCCGAGAUAACAUGAGGGGAGCGUGCGAAGAAAGAUAUCAGUCUGCCACGGACCACGCUCAAGAGUUGCUGGUGGCACCCCGGAAGACUGCUUCCUCUCUUCGUCGGCGGAAACGCAAAGUUUUGAGAAUCCUCAAGGAGCAGCAGGAGGUGUUGAGAAUGGUACUUCGGGAUCACUUCUCACAGUGGCUCGGUUCUGACGACAGUACGGCAAGUUAUAACGACUUUUGGAGACACGCCGAAUCUGUCAAGGAUGAGGUGGUCAUUCAGUGGGCUUUGCUUCUCAUCUCACGUCUGUCUCAAAACCAUGACCCUUCUGGAGAUAGAAAAGGCACUAGUCGCGAGGAGAUUCUGGAAGUGAAUCGCCCUGUGCACGCCGAGACGAAAGAAGAUACGCGGCAAGAACUCAAAGAAGACAAUUCCCUGUAUUUUCAAAGAUAUGAAAAAGAUAAAACCGCAAAUGCUCACUCUGAUUCUGUUCCCACAACACCUCUACUUUCCGACAAAGAAGAUGAGAAUCAUUGCCUGGACAUCCUGUCCAAAGUAGAGAAAUCUCUGUCCCCUACACUGUCAUAUCCCGAACCGCUAACUUGCAUAGAUGUGCGACUACUUUUCUGUUACUUUAUCGCUGACGUUUACUAUAUCGCUGUUUUUCUGUUCGGAGAAAGUAGCUAUCGGCAGAACCCAGCAUCGUACUGCAGUGAAAGUUUUGUGCCACAAUGUCUCCCCACACCCCCACCCCCCGCCCCCAUAUUGAAACAGAUGAAUUGAAAACGUACUGUAGGUCUCUCUCGUACAUACGUAUGCUUCAAAGACAAGAUUACCUGAAUCAAAGAAUUAGAUAGGAUUUCGUGUAUGUUAAAACAUUACAAUUUUAAAGAUGCUUUUUUUUUUCUUUGUUUUCCCGUUUUAUUUCUGAAAUUCAAAUUGACCUAGAUCCAACCCUUCAGCAGACCAUUUUAAAAAAAAAA